AUGGCGUCUCGCCGCCGCAGCACUCGUGGUCAGCAGCUAACCACCAACCGAGAUCCAGAACCAGAACCGCGCCGAUCGGUUAGGGCGACUAAAGGCCAACAUAAGGCAUUGGAGCAGCUCGACCAACCUAUCGAGGCCCCCAAGCGCCGCGGCGGCAACAAGAAGGGCAAGAAGGCCGCACCCGAACCCGAAGAGCCCGAGGAAGAGGUCAUCCGCUGUGUCUGCGGCGCCACAGAGCAAGAUGAAGAUUCGGGUGAACCCUGGAUCGCAUGCGACCAGUGCGGCGCCUGGCAGCACAACAUCUGUAUGGGCAUGAGCCAGUACACAGAAGACCUACCUAAGGAGUAUUACUGUGAGCUGUGCCGGCCCGAUAACCACAAGGAGCUCCUUUCCGGCAUGGCCAAGGGUGAGCGACCCUGGGAAGCCCGUCGCAAGGCCUACGAGGACGAAAAGAACGACAAAAAGAAGAAAGGUCCUAAGAAGGGCAAGAAGCGCACUAGCGACCUCAAGGAGGAUGCCUCUCAAAAGUCGAAACAGUCACCUCCUCCACCCGCUGAGCCCAAGAAGGAGGCAAAAUCCGCGGGCGUAAAGCGGAAGAACGGCGAUGCUCCGCAGGAGAAGGAUUCCAAAAAAAUGCGGAAGGCGAACGAGGUUCCAUCAGUGCCUAUUCCCGGGUAUACACCCCCGGGGGAUAUCCCUCCCACCAUCUCUGGAUUGCCAGAUGCGCGCCAGGGACCAGCGAAAGCAUUGUCCAAGUCAUUGGUCGCCUCAUUUGGUGCGGCGGAGAAGAACGGGAGUAUUCCAUCCGACGGGGUGUCAGCCGCCGAGCGUGCUGAACGGCUCGCGCUCCAGAUUGAGCGUGCGGUCAAUGACACCCACCCGACUACGAGCUCGUAUGCGGGCCAGAUCCGGACCUUGGCCUUCAAUUUGAAGAGCAACCCUGAACUCAUCACCCAACUCGUUGCCCGCACACUAACGCCUCCGAUGCUGGCGUCCAUGUCUACUGAGGAGCUCGCAUCUAAGGAACUGCGGAAAGAAACAGCCGAGAUGCUGGCGAGAGCAGAGAAACAGGCUAUUAAGAUUACCCAAGAUGUCCCUCGCGUUCGGAGAACUCAUAAGGGUGACGAAAUCAUCGACGACGACCACUUUAUUGCUAGCGAAGAAGUACCGUCCGCACCAGUUCGCCGGCCGAGCGCGCCCAAGCAAGAGUCCGAGGAAGCGCCAGGAUUCCCAACGCAUGCCAGACACCGGUCAGCCAGCGGCCCGGCCGUUGAUUCGCAGCAUUCCCCGGCCAGAGCCGAUUUUGACCUGAACAAGGUCUUCUCAAGCGUCAAGUCACCCACUCUUCACCAGGGACCUCACCGUGCAUCGUUCGCCGUACCUCCAUCCGACGGGCCGGGUGAUGAUCCAGACGUUGAUCGGCUGCUGGACGACGGCACCCAAUCCCCGCCGUACUCGCCUAAGGUGGAGAACGAUCCGGACGUGGUGUGGCGAGGCAGCGUCAUCAUGAACACGAUCGCCGAAGUGGAUGUUACCGCGAAGCAUAUGGGCGGUGCCAAUCUCAGCGAGACCAUCGACCUUGCCUGGGACCAGCUGCUCCCCCGGACUUUGACUGUGUGUGGUCGUAUCGACGAACAACAAGCCAUUGUCUAUCUCUGCGGCCUGCGUUACAGCCUCCCCACCGAUGUUGUCGUCGUCAGCCUCGAGCCGACAACGCCAGCAGCAAAAUCGGGGAUGCAGAAACUCAUUGACUAUUUUGUUUCUAAAAAGAGAUACGGAGUGGUGGGUGACAAAGGUGUGGCCAAUGUUCGCGACACAUACCUCGUCCCUGUGCCAGCCGGCACUGGCAACCAGCCUGAAUUCAUGAUGAACCUGGCAGACAACUUCAUCCCCGACACGAGGACGGAGCCUAUGAUGCUUUGUGUCAUUGUCUAUCGGAACGACCCAGAGACCAUCCAACGCAUCCACGGCACGACCGACCCCAAUCAUCCACCGGUGCCCCAAAAGGCUAUUCCCCAUGGCCCAGGGUCCACUCAGUCUCCUGGAACUCCAACACCGAUCCAGAGCGGGUUUCCUCCGACAGGACGGGCAUCGGUCUCUGCGCCAGCAUUCUCACCGGCCUCCCCUCAAGGUCCAUUCCCGCAGUAUCCCUCGCCGAGGAUGUCUACGCCGGUACAGCAGUCGUCCUCAUCCCAGGCGCCAGUUUCACAAGCUGCGAGGCAAACACCAAACAUGCGCGAGGCGCAGGAUCAAGGCGAGGCUAUGGCCCGUGAGAUCCUUGGCCAUCUGAUCACCAGCCCAACAGUGGCAUUCCUACUCCCGCAGGCACACGUCAUGUCACAUAAGGAGUGGGAAUUGAUUAAGCGCAUCUAUGAGAGAGAUCCUAGGACCCGGGAUGAUCUUCCGUACCUUAGCACCAUACUUGAGAGGGAAGGCCAGCAGCAACAGCAACAGAGGCAACAACAACAGCAACAGCAACUGCAGCUGCAACAACAGGCGUCGCAACAUCACCCUCCUGCUCAGCCUCAGGUACCGCCUUCGCCGCAGCCACACGCUCAGCAGCAGCAUGCUCAGCAGCUGCAUCGCCCCCAGCCGCAACAACAGCCCCUACCGCCUCCACCGCAACACCAGCACCAGGCCCAUACCCAGCAGUCGCAACAGCAAGUCCAACACCACCCGCAUCCGGUUCGGACCACACCUAUCCCACCACCGCCGAUUCCUCCAGCCGCUGCAGCCGGGCCACCAAGGCAAACCCCUAUUCCGCCGCCCCCAAUCCCGCCCCAAGCCACAACGAGCUCCGGUGGGCCGCCGGCUUAG